GGAGCGUCCGGCGCUGGGGCGGUGGGCAGGUCUCCAGGGAAACCCGACGCUCUGGGGCUCCCGGCGCUGCGCGGAGCCGGACGAGACUUGCGAGUGGGGCUGCGCUGCGCUGGCCGCCGCCCUGGGCGGGCCGGGUGCGGUAGGUGUGAGCUCUCCGACCCUCGGUGCGGCCCGCGGCAGGGGCGCAGUCGGGAUCCCGGCGGGAGCGCGGUUCGAAGGCGAGAGGCAUGGAAAGUGGGUGUCCCUCAGCCUUGUAUUAUAAAGUCCCAGAUGAUGACGUCUCUGAAAAUCAGCUGGCAGGGAGGGGCGGCCAGCCUGCUGCCACCGACUUCCUGGGGACCCUGGAGAUGCUCUCUACCAAAAGGGACAUCCUAGAGGCCCCGGAGGAGGAAGAGGUGUCCGAGGGUCCCCCCAGGGAGCAGGACCUGAAGGAGGCCUACAUCCAGCUGGUCCGAGGCGUGCAGGAGUGGCAGGACGGCUGUGUGUACCAAGGGGACUUCGGGCUGGACAUGAAGCUGGGAUACGGUGAAUUCUCUUGGCCCACGGGCGAGUCGUACUGCGGGCAGUUUUACCGGGACCACCGCCACGGGCUGGGCACCUACCAGUGGCCCGACGGCUCCAGCUUCACUGGCAUGUUUUACCUCAGCUACCGAGAGGGCUACGGCACCAUGUACCUGAAGACCAGGCUCUUCCAGGGGCUGUACAAAGCGGACCAACGGUUUGGGCCGGGCGUGGAGACCUACCCGGACGGCAGGCAGGACGUCGGGCUGUGGGUCCGGGAGCACCUCAUCAAGCUGUGCACGGAGGUUCCCCGCAGUUUCUCCAUCCACAACUACCCCGAGUACUCGGGCUUCCUCACUCACUCUCCUGCUAGACUCAGCCUCUCGGAUGAGGAGAAGGUGGACUGGGACCAGCCGGAGGGACAGGACCCCUUUUUCUACGACUAUAAGCGGUUUCUUCUGAACGAUGACCUGACUCUGCCUCCAGAAAUGCACAUUUACUCGACCGACAACAGCCACCUGCCCAUGACCUGCUCUUUCCGCAAAGAAUUGGACGCCCAAAUCUUCCUUAAUGACAUUCCUCCAUUUGCUGAGGAUGAAGAGCCCUGGUUUAUAAAAAAUGAGACCCCUCUGAUGGUCAAAAUCCAGAAGCAAACCUACAAAUACAGGAACAAGAAGGCCCACACCAGCUGGAACAUGGGUGCCAUCUUGGAGGGGGACCGGAGCGGCUUUGCGCACCAUGGGCCCAAGGAGCAGCUUUCCAAGGAGAUGAUCCUGCGGGCCGAGGAAGGGGACUACGACUGGGUCUACCGGAUCCUCAGGGAUGACCUCGCCAGCGCCGAUGUGGCCGAUGCCAAGGGCUACACUGUGCUCGCUGCGGCCACCGUUCACUGUCACACUGACAUUGUCAACCUUCUGCUGGACAGCGGGGCCGACGUGAACAAGUACACGGACGAGGGCCUCACGCCGCUCAGCAUGUGCUUCCUCCUCUACUACCCGUCCACGUCCUUUAAGCCCAACAUCGCUGAGAGGAUGGCGCCCAAGUCCCACGUCAGCCCCGCGGCCCUGCGGCUCCCAGCACUGUGCCCCGUCUACUAUCCGCCUGUCCGUCUCUCCACCCAGCAGUGCGCCUCCCCCCGCCUUGCACAGGAAGCUCCAAAUAUGCCAGUGAAUCCCAACCUUGCCUUCUCAUUCUCUGAAAUGGCCAUGGAGUCCAUCUGUUUCAAGGACCUGGCGCCCACCCCAGGCAGCCAGGAGCAGAUGUCCAUCGUGUGGGGCAGCGAGGAGGACCGUCUCUCCCCGGGUGCCCGGCUGUCCCAGGAGUCCCCCGACCUGGGGAGCAGCCCUCGGAAGCAGGACUUGUCACCGUGGGACAGUUCCAGUGACCUGGAGAAGGGUCCGGAUGGCACGGAGAGGAGUCUGGACAGGUGCGCGCUGGGCAGCCAGGAGACGGACUUCGAGUCCGCCGUCUGUGUGCGCAACUUCUCCUUCGGGCCGUCCCGGGACCUCCUGGAGAGGAGCGCCCAGGCCCGCAGCAUGCUGAAGGCCCCCUGCUUCAGUGCCACCGGCUUCGACAAGGGCACCGUGAGGAAGAUGGCGCUGGCCGCGGUGGAACGCAGAACCAGGUGGCUGACCAUCGAGCUGCUGCUGCACCGAGGCGCGGACCCCAACCUGUGCCGCGUGCCCAUGCAGGCCCUUUUUUUUGCCGUGAAGGCUGGGGACGUGGCCGGGGUGAGGCUGCUGCUGGAGAACGGGGCCAGGACCGACAUCCAGCUCCCGGCUGAGCUGGGGGCCCUGACCCCCCUGCACAUCGCAGCCGCCCUUCCCGGAGAGGAGGGCGUCAGGAUAACGGAGCUGCUCCUGCACACUGUCACCGACGUGGACGCCAGGGUGGCCGACGAGGAUGACGUGUACAAGCCGAGCAAGCUAGACCUGUUGCCUUCAAGCCUGAAGCUCAACAAUGAAGCGGGCCCGGCCAGCAUCUACCACAGCAGGCCUACGUGUGUGCCGGAUGAGGGGGGCAGGACGGCCCUGCACGUGGCCUGUGAGCGUGAGGACAGCUACAAGUGUGCCAGGGACAUAGUCCGGCUCCUCCUCUCCCACAGAGCGAACCCCAACGUGCUGUGGAGCGGCCACUCCCCGCUCUCCUUGUCCAUCGCCAGUGGCAACGACCUGAUCGUGAAGGAGCUUCUGUCCCAUGGAGCUGACCCCAACCUGCUGCUGACCAGAGGCUUGGGCAACGCCUUGUGUGUCGCCUGUGACCUCACCUAUGAGCACCAGAGGAGCAUGGACAGCAAGCUGGCCCUGAUUGACCGGCUCAUUGAUCACGGGGCUGACAUCCUGAACCCUGUGACGCUCACACAGGGGGACAAGGUGGCUGUGGGCACGGCUGUCGAUUACGGGUACUUCAGAUUCUACCAGGACCGGAAGAUCGCCCACUCUCCUUUCUACGCGCUGACGCCGGUGGACCGGGAGGUCCUCCUGGCCCGGAAGCAGAUCCUGGAACACAUGGGCUUCCAGCUGCGCCGCGCCGUCUUCGCCAAGGAGAGCCAGUGGGACCCGAAGGUGCUGUACCUGAGCAAAAGAGCGGAGCUGACCCCCUACCGCAGGCUGAAGCAGAAAAGCACCAGCCUGUCCAAGGAGCUCCAGUUGGAGGAGCAGGAGCCGAUCCCCUUCUUCAAGUUCUGCCACCAGUGCGGCCGCUCCGUCGGGGUGCGCCUCGUGCCCUGCACCCGCUGCUACGGGAUCCUGACCUGUAGCAAGGCCUGUAAGACCAGGGCCUGGGGUGACUUCCACAAGAGGGACUGUGGCAGCCUGUUGGCCAUCGUCAGCCGAGAGUGAAUUGUCGUGUAAGAUCUGCGAGCCGCCCGGCAAGAACUGUCCCGGAGGCCGAGUGAUGACGGGACCCCGGGAACCCUUUGCUUGCCAGCCUGCGUGCCCAGGGUGCCUGAGUCCCGGACUGUCCAGGCUGAGGCCCCUGCGGCAUUUCUGUUUACCUGUGACGGGUGCCGGCCGUAACUGCACGCGGACGGGGUCUGCCGGGUCAGAAGGCGCCUUGUUGUCCUCGUGUAACUGUUCUGGUGGUCCGGUGUGACUGGGAGGCGCGGCGUCUGUGCUGGGGGGGCCUCCAGGCGGGGAUGUGCCCUCCGGGCCCAGCUUCAUAGUUUCCUGUGCAGAGGAGUCACCCCGGCUGCUCUCGGACCUUUCUCUCCCCACCCACUCCUGUGGCAAGUCUGCUCAGCUCUGCCUUCAAAGUUGGCCCCAAUCAGGCCACUUCCGGAACCUCCUGCCCCCACUGACCCUUCCCUCCUCUCUGUCCCUGCAGCCACCGAGGCUCCGCGCAGCCACAGGGCCCCCCGCCUUGCUCCCGCAUCCACUUGGCGUCUGUCAGAGUCCUUUGCUUGGCUUGCUCCCUGCGCCCGUCGCUCACAGUCCCCCUUACGGCUGCUCCGGAGACCCCUCCCCGCCCCUGCCAGUGCCCUGCCCUCUUUCAAGCAUCCCUGUGGCUCCUCCUUUCCCGUUCUCAGACAGCUGCCCAGUGGAGUCCUCUCUUCUUCUGGGUCGACUUGUGCCUUGAGCACUUCCUCUCUGAUGGCCAUGGGCACCUCAAUAUCGUAGGGGACAAGAUAACCGGAUCCCUGGCCCCCGGGAGUCUGUUCUAAAAGGGAGAGCUCUCGUGUGGGAGAUACGCCGUGUCUGCCAGACCCCGGGACAGGAACGGUGUUCCCGGGAGAACCUCAGCCGCUGUGAGGCCACCAGCCGGUGGGGACCCCGGCCGCACUGAUGGCGGGCCCAGCCGGCCGCUGCACAGGCCCACCUCCCUUGGCACUGGGGCUUUCCCGCUUCCCGUCCUGUCGGGAACAGCCUCUGGGCUGGUGGCAGGGUCUGCGGGUGCCAAUGGAGGGUCCAGCGGGGGAUCUCGUUCCUUUCUCGUGUCCGCGGCUCGCUCUUUAUCCCCUCCGGGGCCCACGUGAGCUGGCAGCGUGGCGGCCUUGUGUCGACGGGAAAGGUUUGCCACCACCAGUUUCUUAAAAGGAUGGAGAUGCGUCUUACGGAAAGGUACACUGAAGUUAGUCACUCCAGCUUGAGUCUUUGCCUCCGGAUGUCACUUAACCCAUUCAUCUGUCUGUCCAGUCCCCGUGCUGCCUGUGUGUGUUUUCACGUAUGUGUGAGGCGCCCCCGCCUCGCCCAGUCUCCCCACCGCCGGCGACGCUCAGGCCUGCCUCUGUCACCCAGACAUCCUGCUCAUCAGGAAUCCGGUGCCUUCCGUCUUCAGAAAAUGCUGAAGCAGCCGCCUCUCACCUCGCCCUUCUUUGCUGGGCACCGAGGCAUGGGCGGGGCGGGGCGGGGGCAUGCCUGCUCGGCCCCGGCUCUGUACCAGUUCCGUGCGGGGGCUGUGGAGACGCUGGCCCCGGUGGACAUGCAGUGCGUCCUCUGACCCCUCCCAGAGCAGGUGCGUCCCAGCCAGCAGCCGCCCGUCACGUCCUGAGUGCCGGGGGCCGCCGGGCUGGUCUUCUGACUCUCAGGGACAGCUCGGACCUUCGCUGUCCCUGCGGUCGGCUUUCCCCACCAGCGGCCGAGCUGUUUCUGCUCCACCUCAAGUAGAAGCUGGACACUGCCAGAGUGUGGAGCGAGGAGGGGGCCCCCCUGGUUGCCUGUCCUGGGGGGUCCUGCAGAGUUCAGCUCCCUCCUCAGAAGGUUCUGUGAUGUCGCUGAGCCCCUCUACCUGCUUCCCUCUGAGCACGAGGUGCCCCGGAGGCCCAGCUGCCGUGGGUGGACCCGCCUCCCCUCUCCUCUGGCUGCAGUGUGCACGCCCUUUGGCUCUCUGCGAACGUGGGAGUUCUGGUCACUCAGGCCCUGCUGCAGCGUGCACGUCCCAGGAUGAGGAGGAGGCCUGUACCCAGGCCAGGCCCUGCGCCGAGCCACCACCUGUCUCCCUGCUGGCCUGCGCCCGAGGACCUUUGAGGCCCCUGCUUUGUGGGCUCCUCUUGUCAUUGGGGGUCUGGCACCCCUGGGACUGUCAGUCACAUGCUCAAGGCGGAGAAGAGGUGCACGUGCCCAAGUCACACAGGGGAGGAACACUCAGGUCUUCUGUGCUUCAGGGCGCUGCUGGGCGUGGGAGGAACGUGGUGGGGGUGUGCGGUCAGCGGGGACAGCGUGCGGGGCCUGGUGACUCGUGAGGACCUAGACACCGUGGAGGAGGCGGCCUUGGAAGGCCCGGCUGGAGUCCGUCUGGGGGCUCCGCUGAGCGUCAGGGCCGUGAGGGCAGGAGUGGAGGCCAGCGGGCGGUGGGCGUGGGAGGGACGGGUGCUCAGGGGAAGGGCCUGGUGGGACGGGCAGAGCUCGGCACAGAAAUGCCCGGCACGUGGGGGGCACCCGUGGGAACCGGGCCACAGAGAGUGCCCACGGUGGCUCACGGGAGAUGUGUCAGAGCCCUUGGGGUGGACGUGGCCCGUGAUGGACGAUCACCGGGACACGAGCUUGCGCUGGGGGCGGGGAGUGGUCUCAGGGCUCUGCCGUGGGAAGAGGGCUUGCCCCCAGGACUGGGGAGGGGGAGCCCGGAGCGUGGGACUUUCUCCUGCCCUGCUGGACCGUGGAGGGUGCGUGUCUCUGUGCGUGGAUGUGCGUAGACGGCUGCUUGCUGAGUAGGCAGAGUGCUGGACUUGACAGGCAGCUGACUCAGGCAGCUCUCGAGGGGCCAGUUUGCUGAGAGCGGUCCGGGGCUAGCCCACCUGCCCCGCCCUCCGGUCCUCCAGCUUGUGUGUGCUCACCCGUCCCCGCCCCUUGCUUCCGUCUUCCCGCCCCUCCAGGCUCUACUCAGCCACCCCCCUGGGCCCUUGGGGUCCUCUCGCAGGCUGGGAAACAGGUGGCCUGCCCCAGCCCCGGCGGGCCGCACUGGGAGUCGAGGUGGGGCAGGUGGGGGCAGGACAGCAGAGGUGCGGGUUGUCACAGGGUGACCAGAUGGCGGCCUCAGGGCGAGCUUGGAGGCGCCUGUGGCUCUAGACGGAGUUGGGCUGUGGCAGAGCCCAGAUCAGGUUUAAGAGACGGUCAGGAGGACAGUGGGUGAGGGAGGGAGGCUCAGGCUGGGGAGCUGGCCAGCAGGACAGGGGGCAAACGGUGGCUGCAGCAGGUGCGCUCUGGGGGAGGUAGGGUCCAGGAGGGGACCCUGCACCAGGGGACGGGUGCAGGGGGGUGCUGGGCCUCACUUAUCAAGGGAGCCGAUGGAGCCGGGCAAAGAUGAUGGUCUUCAGGGUGCGGGGAGGGGCAGAGGUGCAGUGGGAGGGCCAGUGCUGGGGAGGUGGAGGGACCAGCCCCGUCGCCACCGCCCCCUCCCCAGGCCUUCCAUACCUGGGCUCUUGGGAGAGUGAGCAGAGCCCCGAGGGGCGGCCGGGUAAGGUCAAGGGAGCCUUGGGAGGAGACCCCCAGGAAGCCGGGAACGGGGGUGGUUCGGGGAGCCUGAGAGGGGAGCGGCCAGAGAUGAGCUCGGGACGGAGAGGGACGGUCGGUCCGGAAUGUAGGCGAUGGACACAGAAGGCCUGGAACCCGUGUUUGUCAGGGUUCCGCCCGGAAUCCAGCGUUCUGUGACUGCUGCAGAGAUGGUGUUGGGGUGGCCAGGUGCAUCCUGGGAAGGACACCGAAAACCCAGGGCCGGGAGCCUGGGUUCCUUCCCAGCCACAGAGCGGAGGCACCGCUCCCCCCGUCCCUUGGAGCCUGGCAAACCAGCACCUGCUCCUGUCCCCUUCCUCUGGCUGUGUCCGCAGACUGACCACAGGCCAGGGUGGCCAGCUUCGUUUUGUUUGUGGUUUGGGCCCUUUUAUUUUAAAGAGCCGCCCCUCCUUCCCAAAGUGUCAAGGCUCUGCAAAACCUGGCUCUGACCUGGCUCAACACUGCACAUCUUAAAAAAUCAACAAAAUAACAAGAGGAGCCCCUGACACCCCCCCCCCCCCCCCCCCCGGCCCAGACGUCCACACGGAGCUCUGCUCCUCUGAUGGCUGGUUUUUCCAGAAGGGAGCCGAGGUGCAGUGAGGCCUUCCGUCUUCUCCCUCGUGAGGUUCUCUUUUCAUUCCUGCGUCC